CUCUCUUCAAUUUUGGAGAUGACAUGUUUGAGCCAAGUAUGAAAAGUCAGCGCACAAAAUGCUUUACUGGGUGUUGGACUUGCCGCUCGCGUCGAGUCAAGUGUGGUGAGGAGACUCCCUUUUGCCAGCGCUGUCGCCAGAUUGGUGUUGCAUGCGAAGGAUAUGGCCUCCGUCUGAGUUGGGUGCAGUAUGACCCGCAUGAUACAUCAGACUAUGAACAUGAUCAUGGCCAUCGUAACACUUCCCGCCGGCCAGAGCCUAGAGUUUCCAGACGGUCUUUGACUUCUCUUGGUUCUUUCCUGCCUCUCUUAGGUCUAGCUUCUCCAGAACUAGAUGCUACCUUGACUAAAAUCGAUGAAUGGUGUCCUGGAGAGUCGUCAGAAUUUGAAAAGGGGGCAUUCUGCGUGUUCUCUGUGCACCCAUCUGCAUCACUCCAUCCCGAGUCAGACAGAGGUCCUCCUCAACCAUCACCGCGCCUAUUUGGCAUCACAGUACCGACAGAUUCACCUAACGAUCACUAUACAUUCUCCGUGACCGAGACGACCAACCAAGAGAGAGACAGUACGAUAGACGCCGCAGUUCAGUCUUUCAACGACUUUCGUGGGGACUCAGUGCCCGCUGCUCAAACUCUUCUAAGCCUUGGAAGACAAGAGCGACACGCUCCGCCGCGCCAUCUGGAUGCUCUGUCCAUGCCGUCUAAGCAGAAACGGCUCAUCUACCACUGGAUCACCUUCACCAGCCGCAAACUGGUCCUUAUUGAUGAGCCACAUAAUCCCUGUCGUACUAUGAUGUUGCCAAUGGCACUGAAAGGUCUCGUCUCUCAAUCAAAAAGCUCCAACGCUGACGUCGCCAUAUUCCACGCCCUCUGUGCAUCCGCUGCCUACAAUAUGUUUGAGCUGACCGGCCGGACCAAUGAGCAGGAUCGCGUGCUCGCUCUGUACCAUGACAACGAGGCCGUCCAUCAUCUUCGGCACAAUCUGGCACGAGCCGACGAGCAUCGAGACCAGUCUUUUGCCAUGGCCAUAAUGGCAUGUAUCGCCGUCGAGGCUAUCUCUGGCACAACCCAACGAUGGCGGACACACGUUUCCGGUGGGUUGGCGUAUCUGGCCAAGCUACAAUCUCAAGGCUUGGAUGAAACCGCCUUAUCCGCCUUUCGUCAGCACAUGGUCAAGAUGGCCAUUCUGUGCGGCUUUUCUGUACCAGCUCAUCUUAAGGCUUUCCUGGAUGACGAAAGCGGGUCUUCAGACGGCCUCGAGUUCACCUUCCCAUAUUAUGGCGUCUCGAGGUCUUUCCUGCGAGCCCACGAUCACAUCAAUGUUCUACUGACGAGUGUAUCCGCAGCCAGAACACCUGAAAUGGAGAAGACGCUCGAUGCCUUUGAGUUGCAGCUGUAUCUCGACUUUCCUGGCCUGCCACCCCACGAUCUGUUCUCUGAUAAAACACAUAGUAUCGUUAUCCACCACACUUCCAAGGCUUUUUACUACGCUGGGCUUGUCUUCUUCCAGCGAAGUGUGCGUUGCGCUCCGGUAGCAGAAGUGCAGGAUCUUGUAGAACUGGGGAUACAGGAACUGGAAUCCAUUGACCGCGCUGGCCAUGGCGCACUGGGCUGUUUAAUGCUGUGGCCUGUGCUAGUCCUUGGAGCUGAGUGUGACGAACCAGAUGUGCAGAAGCGCAUGCGGGCUUGGUUCCAAGCCCAGCGCAGGCUUGGCUUCAGAAAUCUGGUGGUUUUGGAAGACCUUGUUGCCACAGUAUGGAGGGCCAGGGCCAAUCCUAGUGUCGACGCGAGGGAUACAGAUUGGCGACAAGUCAUUGCACAGCCACAAUUUGAUGUCUUUAGGCUCUGAUUUGCACAUUGAUUGCCCCUGAGCACAUAUACGCGACACAAGUUGUGGUGAUGUGCAAGCCAACAUUGAUACCGCGAGUAAACCACUAUCUCGCGAUUGAAGUUUGCGCCUGCAAACAUCAAAACGAGUAGCGAUAUCCUGCUCUCUUACUGAUCCUAUUUCGUCUGUCCAAUCAUCAUAAAACUACGACAUAACCAACAGUGUAAUUGGCACCUCGAUGCUUAGGUAUG